GUAUAAAAGUAAUCCCUCUUUAGAAGCGCUAUCUCACGAACAGGAAGAGGACAGAAGAGCAGCUGGAGUCCGGAAGCGACAAAGAGAGGGCCGAGUCUCUUGACCAUGAUAAUGUCCGUGUCCUGCCUUCUUGCCAUCAGUGGACGGCUAGCAUGGCUGAUCAGCGGCGUUUCGUUGAUGACGCUGCCACCUUCUGCAUCGUAUCCAUGGUCAGCAACCCCGACUAGAACAGACCCUGACUAUUGGGACACUGACCAUACGACCGCAAUCCCGCCGACGGCAGUCCUUGGCUUUAGGGACUAUGGCUCUCCGUGGAGUCAUCUACCGUGGAGUCAGCCGAUGAAGUCACUCGCACCUUUCCGUCCUCGGAUCGAACCUGCAUCCGCCUGUGUUGCUGACGUCACCAAAGUCGUGGAGGAAGUGGAGAGGGCUCUCCAGAGCUCACCAGCGGUAAAGAACCUAUACGCGGGGACGGAUGGUGAAGUGUUGGGAAUUUCGAUCCACAACGAAACCAUUCAGGGGUUGGAUACUCUUCGUCCAGACAGACCAAUCAUGCACUUUUGCAGGGAUGGUGAAGCUGUCGUCAAGUUCAGUUUGGUACCAAAUUAUCCGGGCGUUGCUCUGAAGUUGUACUAUGGUAGUUACCCCGAUGCUUACCUUGAGUUUGUCGCAAAAAGAUUGCGUGUCGAAGUGGACUUUGUGGAAAGGCCUUACUGGCAGAAGGGGCCUUACGGGGAGAAGAGAGUGAUGGCGGACAGCAUCAGCAUUGUAGAGGCAGAAGGUGUUGAAUUGCAGUUCAACUAUAGAUAUGUAGAUACGUGGAUGGAGCUGAUUGCGAAUGUGGUCUUGCGUGAUCUUAUUAGGAAACACUACACAUACACGGUACGAGUGGAGUUGAACCAUGCACUUCAGACGUACCUCCAACCUAUGCGAGCACCAAUUUCGGGAACGUGAUUUGGGAAGUGCAUACCCGUAUCCUGUGUCGUACCUUUCAACAGACCGGAAGACGUCAAAUUAAAUAAAAUCUAAACUGUAAUCAUCGCGAGGUUCCUUAGAAUUGUAAUAAAAUUACGGAUAUCUUU